UGCGGAUUCAUGCCGAUAUUUUGCGAUUGCAAAAGUACCAUAAUCGCCGGUAUGGUUUGGAUUAAUUACCUUACAAUUUGCGACAACAUAUGGUUGAACAUCCGUGCUUGUUUGGCGCAGUAGAUAAUCGUUCAGAUUUAGAAAACCACAAACCUAUUUUGAAAAUUUUGUUCAUAUUAACCGAUUGAGAAGGCACGAAUGCGCUGGAUGGAUUUUAUGUCCCAUGUUUUGCAGAUAAUGCUGCUUUCUAUGCUUGGGGUAAAUUCGGUCGGGCGAUUAUACGUUCUCUGUGACGUAGCUGAGCGAGCGGUAUGCCCUCUGCCGGCGCCGUGUUACCGGUGGGCAACGUUGAGCCAGUGUGAUUUCGGAACGGAGAUCCAGCCGGACGAUACGCCCUCAGCCAUUAGCGCAUGCCACUACUGGUUCCGUGGCUACAAGUAUUACGCAUACCAAUUCGAUUUGGUACAAAACGACCACCAGAGCUUAGAGGACACAAAUCUUGACGUGAUUGCUUGGUCGCGUUGCACCAAACGAUCCUUCGGCGUUGCACCUGAAAAUUCGGAUGCCGUGGCCGUUCUGCGGAGUCCCAUUAUCCGUCCAACAUCUUGUACUGUGUGGCGUGUGACAUUUUGGUAUCGCUUGUCCGAUUACCCGGUUAUCGAUUCUGCCAACCCACAAAACCAGUUCCAUCUCAAAGUAUUUGUCGAGAAUCAUGGGCAAUCAUUCCCCACUGAGAUGAUUUGGGGCAGGGAAGAGGAUUAUGAUAGUUUCCUUCCCAAUACUUGGUAUCUGGGCGAAGCAGUUUUUCACCGCGACCACAGCGAGCCGUUCGUCUUAUACUGGUUUGCCUAUCACAACGACAACUGCGAAGUUGAUUUGAAACCGAUCGCGGUAGACACCAUAAGGAUUCAAUAUGCUAUCCCUGCUGUCGAGGGAUCCGGCGUCUGUCCAGUCGUAACCAUAUCGCCCAUCGCCGUAGUGACAACACCAGCCACGACGACCACAACCACAUCAAGCGCCAUAACGACAACCGGAUCUGCUGCUACCGUAACCACCAACCAACCCCCAUCGACGACUACUGAAUCGUCUACAUCUACGACGCCGUUGAACAUCAGCACAACGACCAACACAACCACUGCCACGCGUAACCCCAAUACGGAGGUUGAUUCAACCUCGACCACAACUCCAAGGACAUCAGCCACUACUCUUCGCACCACAGCUGCGAUAAUAACAACCAGCCGCACCACGACUGUCUUUCCAAGCCCAAACUCAACAACGACGACGACAACAAACUUUUUUACUUCCGCUGAAACCUCCACGGAGACCAGCGAUGUGAAUAGCGGCAGCGUUUAUCCGCAUAGUGUUAGUCGUGCACAUUACCUUCCUGUAUUAUUUUUACUGUUUGCAAUAAUACUGCAGGCGUAGUAAUACGUGCAGCAAACAAUCUUUUGUGAUCCAUAUAGACGAACGUCUGUGCUGGGUGUGGUCCCGUCCCAGGCGGCAGCGGUAGUGAUGUCGAAAACCUAUUUGGUUGUGAUGCCCUUAGAUGAGUACGAGUACGCUUUUGUGCCCCUCUGCUCAUAGGAAACCAAAGGGAUUGCGCAGUAUUGCAAAAACCUUUUGCCUGCAGUUAAAUGUACGGUGUCUAUUCAGGUUUUAAAGCCCGAUUAGAAAACUGCUAAAUCACAAACGUUA